AUGGUUUUUUACCCGGUGGAACAAAUCACGGCUGAAUAUAAAGUAAGAGCUUUGCAAUUUCAUCCAGAUAAAAACGAUGGUGAUAAAGAAGCAGAAAUAAAAUUUCAAAAAAUGAAAGAAGCAAAAGAAACAUUGUGCGAUCCGGAAAAAAGAGCAAAUUAUGACAAAUGGAGAAACAGCGGAAUAUCCGUGAGUUAUAAACAAUGGCUCGGAAUGAAAGAACACGUGCAUCAGUCGAUGCAUUGGGCAACUCAUAAAACCAAAGAUAGAAUGCUUCCUGAGGGAUCGAGUUCAGCAGCUCAGAGGGCAGCAAGCAGCGGUCCUCCAGGUGCUCAUCGUCGUGCAUCCGAAGGCGGCGCUAACAUACAUUGGGGAGGUAGAGGAAACGUUCAGUGGGAUUCAUCAGCUUCAUCUGAAAUCGUCAAUAAAUUUCGAAAUUACGAAAUAUAA